UUAUUGUUUCUUUUUUAGCGUGACAACUGACAACCCUCCAAAGGCUUACUGCAAACACUAAAUAGUAGAAAACUGAAAAACAAUGAAUAAAAACAAAGUAAAUACUGCAGAGGAGAGAGAAUAACAAAAAUUAAGAUCGAAGUGUUAGAUAGAGAGAUCAAACGGUAAUGGGUUGAAGAAUCCAAUUGGGUAUUUUGCAGAAAAAUUUAAUUUCUGGUAUACAUGAAAUUGUAAAAUUGAGAUAAUUUUGGUGGGGCAAAAUGGCUAAGAAUAAAGACAUGUAUUCUUGGUGGUGGGUUAGUCACAUUAGCCCUAAGAAUUCUAAAUGGCUGCAAGAAAAUCUUACAGACAUGGAUAGUAAAGUGAAAACUAUGAUUAAGCUCAUUGAAGUAGAUGAAGAUUCUUUUGCAAGACGAGCAGAAAUGUAUUAUAAGAAACGACCCGAGCUUAUGAAGUUAGUUGAGGAAUUCUAUCGUGCUUACCGUGCUUUAGCUGAAAGAUAUGAUCAUGCUACGGGGGUGAUACGCCAGGCUCAUAAAACAAUGGCCGAAGCAUUUCCGAACCAAGUGCCUUCCCUUAUGACCGAUGAUGCGACUGUAAACGGUACCCAAGAUUCUGAUCCACAGACACCCGAAACACAGAUUCCCAUUCGAGCAGUGGGUCUAUUCGAGCAGCUGAAUGGGAAAGGGAAGGCAAGAAAAUGCUUGAAUUUUCAUGAAGUCGAGGAGGAAGAAACCGUGAAAAAUCUUGGUGAGACUCGAGCUUUGUCUGAAUCCGAGAGUGUAGGAAGAUCAGGGACUGAUAUUAUAGCUUUGAAAGAAGCCAUUGCCAAAUUAGAAGCUGAGAGGGAAGCGGGUUUACUUCGGUAUCAGCAGACUGUAGAAAGAUUGUCGGAAUUGGAAUCGGAAGUCUUACAAGCCAAGGAUGAUUACCGGGUAGUCAGCGAACGAGCAAGUGAUGCUGAAGCUGAAGUGCAAAUCUUGAUGGAUGCUCUAGAAAAGGUAGAAGCUGAAAAGGAGGCUAGCCUGCUUCAGUAUCAGCAAUGCCUCGAGAGAAUAUCUCGUGGAGAAGCAGAUGCUCGGGAUCAUAAUGAACGAGCAUGCAAAGCUGAAAGUGAGGCGGAGGGUUUAAACGAAGAGCUUUGUCGAGUAAAAGCUGAAAAAGAAGCUCUUCUUUUGAAGUACAUGGAAGCUUUGGAAAAGAUAGCGAGUUUGGAGAAUAAAUUGUUGCUAGCGGAGGAUUAUGCUAGCAAGACAUGCGAGCGAGCUGAUAGAGCCGAAAAGGAAGUUGAAGCUCUGAGGGAAACUAUGACCCGAUUAACGGAAGAGAAGGAAUCAGCCGUUCUUGAACACAAGCGGUGUUUUGCAAAGAUUGCGACUUUGGAACGCGAAAUUAUUCUCGUCCAGGACGAGGCUGAAAGACUUAAAACCGAGGUUGAAGCAAAUUAUAGUAAGCUAAAGGGUAGUGAAGAACAGUGUCGUUUGUUGGAUAGGUCGAAUAAGUCUUUGCAGUUUGACGUUGAAAUGUUAAGUCAGAAAGUGGGUAAUCAGAACCAGGAGCUAUCCGAAAAGCAGAAGGAAUUGGGUAGACUUUGGACAUGUGUGCAAGAAGAGCGCAUACGUUUUGUGGAGGCCGAGGCUACUUUUCAGUCGCUCCAGAAUACGCACUCGAAAGUGAAAGAGGAACUUAUGUCUGUUGCUGCUGAGCUUCACAAGAAUGUUCAACAUUUGAAGGAUCUUGAAAAUACGAAGCUUGUUUUAGAAGACGAGAACAAGAACCUUAAUGUCCUUAAUUCGGCCUCAGCGGGUUCAAUCCGAAGUAUGAAGGAACAAAUCAUCGAGUUGAAGGAGGGAAAAGGUAAGCUCGAGCAAGAGCUGGAGCUGCGACUUGAUCAGCGGAACGCUCUUCAACAGGAAAUUUACUGUUUGAAGGAGGAAAUAGAUGGUCUGAACCUGAGACACCAAGAUGUGUUGAGGCAGGUGGAGUCGGUCGGGUUUGAUUCAGAAUCUUUCGGUCAUUCUGUGAAAGUGUUGAGAGACGAGAACUCUAAACUCAAAGAAAGUUGCCGGAGCAGCGAGAUCGAGUUAAUGACUGUAAAGGAGAAGCUGAAAUUAAUGGAAAAACUUGUUGAAAAGAACGAGCUCCUAGAGAAUUAUUUGUCGAAUUUUACGGCUGAGUUAGAAGCUGCAAGAAAGCGGGUGAAAGAGUUGGAAAGUUCCUUCCAGUUGCUCCUAGGAGAAAAGUCGACUCUAGUUGCCGAGAAGGGUUUUCUGAUUUCUCAGUUGCAGAUAGCAACCGAAAAUUUAGAGAAACUCUCGGAACAUAACACUUUAAUGGAGAACUCUCUUUUCGAUGCCAGUUCUGAGCUUGAAGCGUUGAGGGUGAAGUCUAAGGACCUUGAAGAUUCGUGCACCGUGCUUGAUGAUCAGAAUUCCGCCCUUAUGGCAGAAAAGCUGACACUAGAAUCCGAGUUGGAAACAACGCAUCUUAAGUUGAAAGAAUUGGGGCAACAACAUAUGGACUUAGAGAAGCGGUUUGCGGGCGUGGAGGAAGAGAGAAAAUUCGCACUCCAGAUGGUACAAGAAUUGCGGGUAUGCUUAGACACUGAAAAACAAGAGCAUGCUAACUCCAAUCGAUUGAGUCAAACCCGAGUGGCUGAUUUGGAAAACCAGAUUUAUCGUCUACAAGAGACGGGUAAUCACUUGCAAGACGAGCUCGAUGAAAUACUAGAUAAAGCUGUUAACGCUCAGUUCGAGAUCUUUAUCUUGAGGAAGUCGUGUAUACAAGAUUUGGAAGAUAACAACGCUUUUUUGCUGGCAUACUCCGAGAAACUUAUGGAGGCGUCCAGGUUGUCGGAUAAACUUGUAUCGGAACUGGAGCAGCAGUGUCUUGAUAAGCAGGAUGAAGCUAGGGUGUUGUCUAGUCAAGUACAAGGGUUGAGAAUGGGGAUGUUUCGGUUAUUAGAUGCGCUUGAAGCUGAUGCAAGUUCAGUAUGUGAAGAUCAAAACGACUCGAGCGUUGUCGAUCUGACACUUGGAAAAGUUGAUGAUAUUAAAGCAUCCUUGUAUAGAGCAUGGGAUGAUAAUCACGAGCUUGUUAUCGAAAAGUCGGUUUUUCUUGCAAUGAUUUGUGAGCUUAAACAAGAUGUUACCGAUUUGAAUUCUGUUAUUGACACCCUUAGGCAGCAGGUCAAGAGUAGGAAUGAAGAAGUAGUCGUAUUCCAGAAGGAGACACACAAGCUUCUCGAGAGUAACGAAGAGUUGAUUCUCAAAGUCCGAGAAGGAGGCCGAAAAGAAGUUGAUCUCCUUGAUGAAAUGGAAGGCCUCCGGAAAGAGCUGUUUGAUCUGCAAGGGGCUUUUGAGGGUCUACAAAAAGAGAAUUGUAAGGUUGUCGAGGAAAAAGGAUCGUUGAUGAAGGCGGUUGAAGAUUUAGAAGAGGAGAAGCACAUUCUAGAAGGUGAGUGCUCGUGUAUGGUUGACGAAGUUGUUGCACUCGAAAAUCUUUCAUUUGUAUUCAAGAAAGUCAUCUCGGAGAAAUCAAAGAAAGUCGUAGAGUUGACUUGGAAUUUAGAUAAGCUUUGCACUGAAAACAAUAUCCUUGACGAGAAAUUGAGAAUCAUAGAGUGCAAACUCGAAGAUGCUCGGAGUAAAAAUAUUGAUUUUGAGCUCUCGUUAAAGAAGUCGGAGGAUGAACUGCACGAAGCGAGAGUUGCAAAUAGUAAGUUGAAGGACGAGAUAGUUGAUGGAAACUAUCGUCUUUGCUUGAAAGAGAAGGCGCUUCUAGAAGCGGAGUCGAUGAAGGAGAAUCGAGAGGUCCGAGUACUUGAAUUAUCCGAAAAUUAUGCAGCGCAACGGAAAGAAUGUGAAGAACUUCAUGCCCUUAUUCAGAAUCUUGAUUCACAGAUAUUCAUAACGCAGCGGGAACAUGAAGAAAGUGAAGCGAGAAUACGAGUGCUGACUUCAGAACUGCAGAAGGGAAAAGACGAGAUCAGAUUAUGGGAAACUGUGGCAGGAGCUUUCUUCACCGAGCUACAGAGCUCUAGUGUACGUGAAGCGUUGAUUAAAGAAAAGUUUUCCGAGCUUAUGAAAGCUUAUGAGAUCCUAGAAGAAGAAAGUCAUUCCAAAUGUGCGGAUAUUGUUCAGUUGAAAGAACGGGUAGGGACCCUAGAAGGCGAAAAUUCCAAAAUAAAGGCUCGAUUGGCUGCAGAUCUCUUGGCUAUUAUGGGUCUAAAGAUUUCCUUGGCGUCUCUCGAGAAGCAUGCAAGUUGGAAGAAUAAGAUUCACGUGACUGACAACGAGGGGAAAGAGGAUAUUAAAGACGACCAAAAGUUGAGUGAAGAGCAGCCACUUGUGUUCAUCAACUUGUCCGAAAUCCAGACCAAGAUCCAAGAUGUGGAAAAAGCAGUUAUAGAGCUAAAGCAACAAGCAGAGGAGGAAAAUUUGGGUGUCCGCUCUGAACUAGACUUAGCAUUACAACAAAUCGAGGCGUUGAAAUCUCAUAGCAGCUCGCGUCGUGGGAGUGGAAGAUCAAGUAGGCGUGCUUCGUCAAAUUCAGAGGAAAACAAGGCUAGGAAAACAAGUACUCCUGAUGGUUCACAACCCGAACAGGAGCUUCUGAUGAAAGACAUUAUGCUUGAUCAGGUUUCUGACUGUUCAUCUUACGGCAAAAACAGGAAAAUUAUAGGGUCCGAUGAUCAGAUCCUCGAGUUAUGGGAAACCAUGGACCAAGCGGGCAACAUUGACCUUACAGUCGGGAAGUCUAACACCCAACCGCCAAUUGUUCCGAGCAAGUAUUCUCAACUUGAGUCCGUUAGAGAGAACAGGAGCGGCCGUCCUUCAAUAGAAUCAAUGGUUGAGAAGGAAUUGAGAGUGGAUGAUCAACAGUUACAUUCCAAGAGAUUUUUGAAUUCCGAGUUUGAGGGUACGAAGAAAAAAACCCUAGAGAGGGACGAUCAAGAAUUAAUGUCGAAGAGAUUUCAGAAUCCCGAGUUGGAGGAUAACAAAAGAAAGACUCUCGAAAGGCUCGCUUCAGACGUUCAGAAGCUAACAAACCUACAAAUAACUGUGCAAGAUUUGAAGGAAAAAUUAAAAACUGAGAGCUUUUUGAACAAGGGAAAGGGUAUCGAAUGUGAUGGAGUCGAGGAUCAGAUUUUGGAGAGCGAGAAUACAAUUCUAAAAUUGUUCGAGUACAGUGCAAAAUUGAUGAAGAACAUCGAGAAUUCUUCAACGGCAUCAUCAUUUGAUGGGUCAGUUACGGCUGAUUCAUCCGAAGGGGGGAGUGUCAAGAGGAGGCGAUGCUUGGAGCAAGCACGAAGAAUAUCGGAGAAGAUUGGAAGAUUACAACUUGAAGUGCAGAAAUUACAGUUUUCGCUUAUGAAACUCGAUAAUAGCAAAGUAAGCAAAGUCGGGACUCGAGUAAGUAGUACACGAGUCCUCUUACGAGACUUUCUAUCGAGUGGAUCACGGACUCCUCGCAGACGGAAAAAGAGUCAUUUCUGUGGAUGUGUUCAGCCUCACACUAGAGGAGACUGAGGUUGGUAAUGUCAUGUCAAAUCUGUUUUAAGUUUUGGGACUUUGAUCAGUUUUAGCUGAUAUUUGUAAUGUAAUGAUCUUUUUCCCCAACUUUUUUAGAACUUGUCGAUAAACAUAUUUACUAGUAUUCUCAAUUUUUGUGGGAAA